AUGACAGAAAGGAUAGAGGGGUCGAAAAACACGAUUGACAGAAAGGAGAAAAACAAAAAAAAAAAGAACAGAUUGGACAAAAAGAACAAACAUGAUAGGAAGAACAAAAAGGACAGAAAGGACAGGACAGACAGAAGAAAUGACAGGAAGGACAGGAAGAUCAGAAAGGACAACAAGAGCAAGCAGACAGACGGGGCAAAAAAAGAACAGAAAGGUCAUAAAGGACAGGUAAGGCGAAAAGGCCAAAAAGGAUUGAAGAACAGAAAAGACAAAAAGGACAACAAGGACAGAAAGAACUGA